GCGCCCGUUGCUGCGCCGAUUCCCGCGACCGCCGCACCAGCCGCACAGCCGGCUCAAGGUGCCUUCAUCAUUAUACCUCCUCCUCCCGCCGCACCAGCUCCGCCGGCUCCUACCUACCUCCCAUCAAUCGUCCAGGUACUCGCUGAUCUCCCUAACCAGCCGUACAACAUCGUGUUGCCUCCUAUCGUCGCACACCAGCCUCCGGUCAUCGCGAACCAGCCGGCGACAAUGCAGAACCUCAGGAUGCAGCUGGGCUUCAUCAUCAUGUAG